CGGAGAAUAUUCUAACUAAGCACAACAGUCGGUCGGUCGGCUGGUGGAAGAGCUCAGUUGAUUUUAUGUGCGAGUGUGUGUGUUGUGCACUGCGAACUGAACAAAAAGAACUUAUCUAACACAAAAGAUAAUUGUGUAAAAUAACAAAACAAAAUGCUGGCAAAGAAUUUAAUAACGAAAUUGCGUCCUCUGGUGUCCAGAGCAACAUUUGCAACUAAGUCAAGUGAGGGACCGAAGUUCAACUGGCAAGAUCCUCUGAAUUUGGAGUCUCAGCUGACCGAAGAUGAAAUUGCCAUUCGCGAUUCAUUCCGUAGCUACUGUCAAAGUACUCUUCUGCCACGAGUGACCAAAGCCAAUAGGGAAGAGACCUUCGACAAAGAAAUUAUUGCAGAAAUUGGGAGCCUUGGAGCAUUGGGCUGCACCCUGACAGGCUACGGAUGUGCUGGUGUCUCCAAUGUAGCUUACGGCCUAUUGACUCGUGAAAUCGAGCGAGUGGAUUCAGCCUAUCGUUCUGCAAUGAGUGUUCAGAGUUCCCUGGCAAUGGGAGCCAUUUAUGAUUACGGUACCGAUGCGCAAAAAGAAAAAUACUUGCCGCGGAUGGCUCAAGGCAAAUUGAUAGGUGCUUUUGGUCUAACUGAACCUAAUCAUGGUAGCGAUCCGGCUGGCAUGGAAACGAGAGCCAAAUAUGAUAGUAAAUCAAAAUGUUACAUACUAAAUGGCUCCAAGACAUGGAUUACCAGCUCACCAAUUGCUGACGUUCUGAUAGUGUGGGCCAAGGCAGAGGAUGGCAAAGUCCGUGGUUUUGUGAUUGAACGCGAACAAUCUUCAAAAGGUUUAGCUACACCCAAAAUCGAAGGAAAAUUCUCUUUGAGAGCUUCGCCUACCGGUAUGAUACUCAUGGAUGAUUUGUAUGUUCCCGAAGAAAAUCUGUUACCAAAUGUUAUUGGAUUUAAGGGCCCAUUUGGCUGUCUUAACAAUGCUCGAUACGGUAUUGCUUGGGGUGCAUUAGGAGCCGCCGAGGCGUGCGUUGAAGUUGCCAGACAAUAUACCCUAGAUCGUAAGCAAUUUAAACGUCCACUGGCAGCAAAUCAAAUAAUCCAAAAGAAGCUCGCCGAUGCUAGCACAGAAAUUGCCUUAGGAUUACAGGCCUGUUUACAAGUCGGUAGGCUGAAGGAUAAAAAGUUGCACACACCCGAAAUGAUAUCUAUGAUAAAACGAAACAAUGCAGGCAAAGCAUUAGAUAUUGCCCGAGUUAUGCGUGAUAUGUUGGGUGGAAAUGGAAUUUCCGACGAAUAUCACAUUAUUCGACACGUUAUGAAUUUAGAAGCUGUUAACACUUACGAAGGGACACAUGAUAUUCAUGCAUUGAUCUUGGGUCGUGCUAUUACCGGUAUAGCAGCAUUCGCCAAUUGAAAACGUUUUUUUAAUUUCUCAGUUUUUAGGUUGCAUUUAGCAUUGUGUUUAAAAUUAAAAACUAAAGUUUAAAUAUUUUCUUUUACGACCUGUGUGAAUUUAAGCGAUAAAAUUAAAAAUUAUAAUUGGCAAUAUAUUUUAAACUCAAAACUACUGAUCACUAAAAAAUAAAUAUAUUGAACGGCUCAAAUAAUAA